AUGUCAACCAGUAGUGGAAAUAUGGAUCAGCCUAACUCCAUCACGGGACCUCGCACCCCAAGUCACCAGUUGCCAUCCUCGCAUCGUAUUCAAAGACCGGUACAACAUGAUACGCUUUAUCGCCCAACGGGCGGGCGGUUCUCCAGCUUCAUCGAUGCGAUCAAGCGCCUGGCAGAUGUCGUGCAUAUGAUGGAUCAAUAUAUCUUACCCAAGGAGGAAAUUUCCGCUCCUGGGCAGGAAGUAUCUAUUUACACAGAGAAAAUAAACGUACUCAACCAGAUCACGGCAAAUCUUUACUCCGCCAUUGAUAGCUUGAACCAGGAGAAAGAUGCACUGAACGAAAUCAUUCGUGAGCCUCACAGAGACCAGGCUCAAGAAUUCCAGACAUCUCAGGCACAGGAGCCGCGAGGAGACCAACCUCAUGAGUUGCAGGCAGCCCAGGUUCAGGAGCUGGAGGGAAAGCAAAUUCAAAAACUCCGGCAGACGGGGAAGACGUGA